GAAGCAUCGACAAUGGCGCCGACGCGAUGAGCAACGGGCAGCUGUUGUGCCUUCGAGCGGCUGCCCUCACCACCGCGAAGAAGGGCAAGCGCGCCGAGGUUGGCGAGGCCAUGCUGGCGCAAGCCAAUUGGGCGCAGGAGCAGGAGGCGGUCGACCACGGCAAGCUGCACCGCAAAAAAGACAAGUUCAGGUGCGACAGCGAGAUGCGCAGCGCAGGCAUCACCGCGUCGAACAUGAUGGAGCACAUGGAUGCCAAGGUCGCAGGCGAAGGAGACUGGGCGCCGAUCACCAUUGCGGGGCUCAAUCACGCGAUCGACACCAAGGUGAAGAGCAAGGCCAAGGGCGUCGAGCAGACGGGGGCGCCAGCUUUCAAGUGGCUCCCGCCGCCAGCGCGUGAGGAGCUCAGGCGCGCCAUCGAGGAGGCGGAGCGCAUGGGCACCUUGCCGCGGCAGAUGAUGGUCACGGCGGUCAGCCUACUGAGGUGGUCAAGCUAUGGUCAAAAGGUGCGCAGCGAGUGCGCCAGCGAGUGGGUCAUUAGCAUGGCGGGCAGGAGUGAGGGCUCGUGGCUCGAGGUAGGCAGGCAGCUGGCUGGCGCUGGAGUCAACUUCGCGGCAGGAGUCAAGAAGGCGAGGCUCGCCCUGUCCACCAAGUCGGCGCUGAUAGGCAAUGACGUGAACGUGAUCAGGGAGGUGGCGCUCAAGCUGCAUUCGCGGAGGAUCACGGUGAAGGCCAAGGGCCAGGCGCCAGACCUGGGCGCCGACAGGAGUCGCCGGACCGUGGGCGGCAAGGGCUGGCACGCCAAGGGGGCGGCGCACGCGGACAGGCAAAUUGUCAGGGCGUUGAGGUGCCUCGCCGCAUUGCUGCGGGUCGAGAAUGCGAUGGGUGACCCCGCCUUCGGCACCGUUUUCGCGCCGCUGGACUCGCGGCAGCACGUCACCAGCGACGGCAUGAGGCGCUGCGGCGCAAGAAGGCCGAGCUCAUAUGGCCCAGGGUCAUGGGGUAAGUGCCGCAGAUGGACCCAAAGAAGCUGUGGGAAAUGGGUGACUGGUGCCACUAGGGCGAUGGCCAACGCGCUCUUGGACACGGGGUGGGCGCCUCGCGGCCCGUGGCACUGGGUCUUGGGCGACGGUGAAGAAUGUGGAGGUCCUGAUCCAUCGGCAAUGGGCGGCCACGUCGACGCGAGCGACCUGAAGCAGGCCAUGGCGUCGUCCAUAGAGAGGGCGCAGUGGAGGGAAGCGGCGAAACACUACGCGGGCACGGGCCUCGAG